AUGCCUCGUUUCUGCAAAAGCCCCCUGUGUAGCUGCGUGGUGACCGGGAAGUUUGGACACUGCUGCCGAUUCUGUCCGCACGGACACUCCGCCGGGUGCCUUCGCCGACAGGAGCGACGAAGCCGUGUGGGCGACACGGUGACGGCUUGCUUGUCCGUGGGCUGUCUGCGGUUGGUGGAGCCUCCUCACCGGCGCUGCUGCAAGCAUUGCCCUGUCGGACACUCUGACCGUUGCCAGGAUCGAGCGGAAGCCUUGGCUGCGGAAGCAGAAGUUCGAGCGAGGCAAGGCAGUGGCGGCAGCAAGGCAGGCGACUCCAAGCCUUCCUUCUCCUUGGAGGAGAUGGACUGA